AUGUCUUCCUCUCGAAUCCCCACCAUCCUCCUCCCUCUAGUACGCGGCAGACCCAUCAUAUCAGUUAGUAAAAUCUCACAAUCGUCACGGACGUUUGCAGCAAGGUCAAUCGCAACUACAGCCGGGACCGCACAGCUACAGCCAUCCUUCCUCAGGAGAACAGCAUCUUUCACUGGUCGAGCCGUCCUCUUCACAGUCCUCGGAUUCGUCAUGUCUGUGGCACCCGCCUACCAGACCGUCUCUGGUCUGAUGACCCCCAUCACGGACGAGGAUACCCUCAGCAUGUUUGUGCCCGCAACCCCAGAGGAGCAGGCCGUAGAGGACUUCAUCAACAACCAUCCUCUCGCCAAGCAGCUCCGUGAGCACCCGAACUUCACCGAGUCUCGCCCCCCUCUCAAGAUUCCACCUUCAUACAGAAGCCACAACCUGACCGGCGGGACCCUUCUCGGGCCAGGCUGCGUUAUUGUGCCUCCGUUCGCCUGGAACGAGGCCGGGGGCAAGUCCUACGUACAGAUCUGCCAUCUCGGUGAGAACUUAUGCGGAUACCCGGGCAUCAUUCACGGCGGGUUCCUGGCCACGAUGCUGGAUGAGGGCCUGGCGCGAACAUGCUUCGCGGCGCUCCCUAACAAGGUGGGCAUGACGGCGAACCUGAACAUCAACUACAGAGCACCGGCAGCGGCGAACCAAUACGUUGUCCUGAGAGGCACGACGACAAAGGUCGAGGGCCGCAAGGCGUGGGUGGAGGGGCGCAUUGAGACGCUUGUGGGUGAGGGAGAGACGCCGGUCGUCCUUGCAGAUGCAACAGCGCUCUUCAUUUCUCCCAAGCAAGGUGCUGCGAUGGCGGUAUUCUAUGCAUCUAGCUAA